AUGGUCACCUUCGACGACGUCGCGGAGACGCGCGCGUCAUCGGCACUGGAGGCGACGACGACGAGCGAUGCAAAUGAGACUCGGAGAAAGGACGAUGAGAUCGAACGCGGCGAUGACGGGGACGUGAUCGAGCCAUUUGGAGAGAAGGUACGAAGGUUCGCGCGCGUGUCGAGAGCAGCCGUGGCGCAUCACCCUCGCGUGCGAGCGCUCGGUCGAUUGGUGACGAGAAAGACGCUGGAUGAUUUACCACCAGACGCUUCGUUGGUCAUGUUCGGGGUCACGCACUGGGAUCGAGAGACCUCGAGCGGCGAACGCUCGAACGAGGUUGGGCGCCGAGAGUGGGAGCGAGACUGGCGUUCGCGGUGCUGGAUGACUUAUCGACGCGGAUUCGAGGCGCUUGGGCGCACGAAGUGGUGCACAGAUGCGGGCUGGGGGUGUACACUCAGAAGCGCUCAGAUGAUGUUGGCGAACGCGCUGAGUAUCCACAGUAGAGGUCGGCAUUGGCGGCGCGAAGUGCAGUUGGUAGCCGUGCACGAGAACGAGACAGCAGACGACGGCUCCAAGUCACCAGCGGUUUCUUUCCUAAGUGGGGUCGUAAACAAAUUGAAAAUACCACAGAGCGAACGCACGAGGGCGGGCUCCGACGCGCAAGAGGACAUCUUACGUCUGUUCGCGGAUGAAGUUGGCGCGCCGUUUUCCAUUCACAGGGUGUGCGAGAAAACGACAGAGUGGGGCGCGCCACCGGGACGAUGGUUCGAGCCGAGCGUCAUGUGCCGCGCUUUUGAGGCAUUGGUCGCUGAGCAUGAUCUCGGGAGCGAACUCACCGUGCACGUGGUGAGCGGAAGAGAGGGAGAAGACGGUGGCGUGCCGACAGUUGAUGAAGCCGAAGUACGAGCAAAGAGCGCGGACGUCGGCAAGGCGCUAUUACUUUUCGUGCCGGUCGUGUUGGGGGUGGGAAGGACCAUCAAUGCGAGAUAUCUUAGUCAGUUGAGAUCGAUGAUGGCGUUCAAACAAUCGGUAGGUAUCGUCGGCGGACGUCCAAACUCGUCUCUGUACUUGGUCGGUCACUCUGACGACGUCUUCUUUUACCUGGAUCCGCACACGGUGCAAGUCGCUUCGUCGAUGGUUACGAUGGACUUUGAGAGCUAUUAUUGUCCGACUCCAUUGCACGUGUGUGGUGGAGAUCUCGAUCCAACGCUCGCUCUGGGAUUUUACUGUCGCGACGGAGACGACGUCGCCUCUCUCCUCGUCGACAUCGAGGCACUCGCCCGAGUAAACGCCACCGCGCCUGCGCUCGCGAUUCGUCCUGCCGACGAUAGAUACAAGUCGAUAUCACCGCGUCACGCUGAACGCGCGUCGCCCUCUGUACCCCCUACGGAUAUACGCGACGACGAAUUUGCUGACUGGACGUUCGUAUGA